AUGGUCACUACUUCUACUUUCCUCAUCAUCAAUCCAAACUCAUCCAAGUCAGUCACUGAUAAUCUCGAAGAGAUCUUGCCAGUUCCUCCAAACACAACUCUCAAGUUUUACACAGGUCCUCCAAAUGCUCCUCCUGAAAUAGAUGGUCCUGAAACUUCAAGACAGUCUACUGAAGCAUGCUUCCCAGAUUUGCAUGAUCACUAUAUGGAUCAUGACGGAUUCUUGGUGUGUUGUUAUUCUGACCAUCCAUUGAUUUACAAACUACGUGAAAUUACGAAAAAACCUGUAUUGGGUAUUUUCCAAGCUAGUGUUACUUAUGCUGUCACUACAUCCCCUUCAAAAUUUGGUAUUUUGACAUCCACAAGCUCUUGGGAACCAAUUUUAGAUCAAGCUGUUAAAGAUUUCUUUGGUGGUGUUGAUGUGCCAUUGUUUACAGGUACUGUUGCUUCCAAUAUUAAUGUUUUGAAGUUGGGAGAUCCAAAAUAUUUCAAGAAAUUGGUUGAAAGAGCAAAGAUCUGUGUUGAUGCAGGCGCAAAGACAAUUUUAUUAGGAUGUGCUGGUUUAAGUGGAUUGGAGAAGAAAUUAGAAGCUGAGUUUGAAGAUGUCAAGUUCAUUGAUAGUGUUAAAUUCGGUUCUGAAUUACUCAAUACACUAGUGAGAUUUGAUAAAAACUGA